GACCUUUCCCAGUUUUCUCGCCGCGGUCAUGUGACCCCACAGCAUCGCUCCUCACUGCCUGCAAACAGCUGUGAGCGAGACAGUGUGCAGAAGGGCUGUUCAGAAACAUACAGUACACGAACGGGACAAAAUGGGAGUCGAAAUCGAGACCAUAACCCCCGGAGAUGGGAGGACUUUCCCCAAAAAAGGACAGACGGUUGUGGUGCAUUAUGUUGGGUCUCUGACAGAUGGGCGGAAGUUCGACUCUUCCCGUGACCGUGACAAGCCGUUUAAGUUCAAGAUUGGUAAACAGGAAGUGAUCCGUGGCUGGGAGGAAGGUAUUGCGCAGAUGAGCGUGGGCCAGCGUGCAAAGCUGACCUGUUCGCCUGAUUUUGCCUAUGGUAAUAAAGGCCAUCCUGGGAUUAUUCCCCCGAAUGCCACCCUCAUCUUCGAUGUGGAGCUUCUCAGUUUGGAGUGAUUUCAUGCUCUUCACUGCCUUUUGUUAAUGUUUCAAUAUUUUAUAAAUGUUUCAAGUGUCAAAAGAUUUAGUCUUAACAUUAGAAACCUGAUUAAAUCAAUUUUCUCUUUCUGUCAGGCCAUAUUUUUAGUAAUUCUUCUCAGAGCCAGUUUUAUUCACCAGUUUUAGCCACAUUGUGUAAAGAUCUGUGCUUUAUUUUAUCCGAAUUCUCCAACAGUUUAUCUUUUGCUUUGGUCACAUUACAUCAGAAAUAAUUCUUUAGCUCCUUUAAUUUUAAUCCAACAUUCUUCUAAAUCACCAAAAACCUUGCAAUGUUCUUAAUCCUGAACUUGAACCCUUGAAUGAACCCUUUAGACUUCUCUUUUCUUGUGACUUUUUCUUACACUGUGAUUGCUGUUGGCUUGAGACCAAGUACAAAUCUGGUAAAGAAUCAGCGACUUUAUCCCUGAAUAGUAAUCCAACAAAAAGAAAACAUAAAUUUAUCUUAAAGAUGUUAUGUUUGGGAUAUAAACAAUUGCAUAUUUAUUGCUUUGUUAUAUUUUAAAUUGAAUACAUUAUUAAAUUACAUUUAAUACUUUUUAACAUAAAUAGUUACAUAACGUAUGUAAUUUUCAGUCAGUAUUGAAAUGUUAGGUUUGAAUAGGUUCGCUGGUUUAAAUUAGAAGCAACUUCUUGAACAAUCCUUGUGCCUCCUUGUGUGUUUGACACCUGCCAGAACACAACUGGUUUUGUAUAUUUACAAAGUGACCAUAUCUACUGAAAAAGUGCCAUCGUGUUACCCAAAAUCAAAUUUUAUGGUAGACCGGGCAGAUUACUAUAAAAAUGUAAUGAAGUAUGAAGUGAUAAUACUGCUAUUUCUGUCAGUUUGGUGAGCAACGUUUUUAUAUAUAUAGUUUUUGUUUAAUUUUUGCUGAAUUUUAUUAACAUGCAGCUAUUUGGAAAUGUUUUCAAUGUUUUUACUUUGUUCUGUGUUUGAUUAGGUUGUGUAGUUGAGUAGGUGGCACAUUUGGCACCGUAGCAAUGGAUGCAUGCCAUUCUUAGUGCUUGAGGAUUUUGUGGUCAUGUUUCACUGUUCAUUGUCUCAUCAAAUCUCAAAACAAACCAUUAACUUGCUAAUUAAUAUCUAUAAUUGAUGGGCACUUUCUGUUCUCUUAAAGAUAAAAUAAUUUGUUUUCACUAAUUGAUAAAGAUGUCUGAAAACACACUACAUAUUGGGACAUACAUAUGACAUACACUACUUGCCAUUCAUAUAUACAUUUUGAUGCUAAAUUAUUUGCAGCCAAUAAUGGUUGUUAAUGUAGACCGUGCUGCCUAGACAAUUAAUGUGAUUAUAUUCAAUGCAGAUACAGUGAGAGUACUCUUUUGUAUUGACAUUUUUAAUUUAAAGGAAACCUGCAGGCGCUUAAAAACUUGAGUUGGUGCUGGCGAUUUCUGUGAUUACAAGUCAAGCAUCAAAUAUAUGGCUUUAAUAUUUCUGUAAUGCACUGUAUAUUUAUGUAUUGUCUUAAAGACAAUAAAAUAAUUCAGAUGUGCUAUAAAGUGCUUUUAGAUGUUUUGGAAAA